CGUCAUCGAGCGUCAUCUGCACCAUGGCGACGGUGACGCUGAGAGCAUUUGUGUGCAGUUUCUCCAUCAUAUUCCUGUUAAAACUGUGUGUGAGAUGCGAGUCUUGUGUUUGCGAGACUUCAAACAUACAGGCAGGUGGGAUGUGCUUCCCUCCAAACAGUCUGCCUACAUCACUUGCCUCAAAUGUAAUCUUUGGCCAACUGCCCCUUUCCGUCACAUCGGCAUGGUUUUCAAGCUUCAUGUACUCUUCAGCAGCUGCCUGUUUGUUGUUCUUCAAACGGACAGCAUGUCAGUCUCUGGGCAACAUGUGUGUAAUGAACAUGCACUCCUUUAGCACCAUCAACAAUGAUGCCUGUGGCCUCUACAACACAGUCUAUAGAGCCGCUCAGGGCAGCAGCCAGGACAUCUCCUACUGUCUAUUUUGCCAUAUUGAUCAGCUGACUGUGCUUUAUACCUGUCUUCAGAAGGACAGCAGAGCCCUAGAUUUUAAGCCCAGGAUAUAUUGUAAGCAGAAGCAUACAUGUAGUCAUUUUCAGAAACCUUCCUCUCACUUUCAGAACACUAACAUUGAGCUGCGAGCUGCUGUUUACUCAGUGCGUGGGGAGAUUCUGAGAUGGGAGAGCGUCGGUGGAGGAAACCUCCAGUGUGUGCUGUCUGUGUCAGAGCUUCUGAAAGGGUAUCCGGAGCCUGUGUUCUAUGACGUGUUCCUGGUCAUUCAGAAGCCACCAGAGGACAAGCAUCUUCUUGCAGUGCCUCUUCUAAAUAUUAACCAGCUGUUUAAUGGCCAGUUCACUAAUCAGGGAUCUAAUUUGAAUAACUGGUACCUGACCCAGAGGCUGAUGCUUGUGGAUACAUUGAGUGGAAGGGAAAAGUCUUUGAGUUCUUCACCCAAGGUCAUACGUGUGGCCUCUAACAUUAAUAUCGGGUUUCAACUGGUGACGAAUACACAGAAGGGACAGGUGUACCCCCCUCUGAUGACUGUGACUUACUCAGAUAUACUUGUCACUGACCCCACCACACAGACUGUUAUAGUGUCAUUCUCUUUUGAGAAUAUGAUGGAGCAUGAAGAAGCUCGGGUCAAAACUGAUGUGAGUAUAAACAACGCAAGUGAGUUUUUUGUUUUAUGUUUGUCAGCUUAUUCAUAUGUGGAUUCAUAUCCUGAUUGCUCUAUAUGAUAUAUGAUAUAUGUCAGUUAGAUCUCAGUUCUGAUCCUGUCUCAUCGAUGUUUUGGUUAUUACAUUCCUGGACGUUCUGUUCAUGGUCAUGCAGACACUAACAUGGAUGAGAUGAAUACAAACCUGAAGAGGGAGGCGAGAAGUGGUCCCUCAAGGUUGGUGGAUGCUUCAGCCAAUCCAUGUGAACAGAGCACAAAAGCAUACCAUACAAUGAACUGAUUUCUGGGCUCUGUCAUUGAUCAUGCACAUCGUGAGAUGGAUUACAUAGUGAAAGAUAAGCUGCUAUUUGAGAGACUCGUCGGUAUGGAGUUUAUAGAGCCACUGGAUAAAAGCAUCUUCUAUAAUGGCUGUGCUGUUGAUCUUUGACAACCUCUUUUUCUGUGUGAUGGAUCUUGGGAACCAGAACUUCAUUCUCGCAGCUGUGUUAACAUACCUCCAGCAACUGGUCUUCAGGUUAAUCCGAAAUGGAAUGGGUCGCAGGAACCUAGCCAGCAAAACGCUGGUUUACCAAUGAUUUCUCAUCUAGUUCCUCUGCUUAUUCUGUCUGCUCUCUGUUGUCUUAAUGUUUCUUUUUUAUGGCAUGGCAGCCUUCAGAUUUCUUCUGCAGACUUUUGUAUUGUUUUUGUAUAUAUAUUAUAAGUAUAUAUAUUAUUUAUGCAGGAUUUUUGUACUUUCUAUGCCAAGACAGUUCAGGAUUUGAUGUAUAAAUGUUUUGAUAUUGAAAUUUUUUAAAUAAAUUAAAUCAGUUCUUGGUUUUUACAGUGGCUUUGCUGAGUAAAUUUGAUUCUACAUAUAGGCAUAAGAGUUUUUAGAAGUUCUUCAGAGCACACAAGUCAUAAACAUGAUGGCCUGUGCCAUGGUUCUCCUGGAAGUAAUGUAUGGCUGCCAAUUCUUUUUGAUACUUGUUCAAAAGUAAUUUAUAGGCCCCAGCGAGGAUUGAACUCGCGACCCCUGGUUUACAAGACCAGUGCUCUAACCACUGAGCUAUGGAGCCUCACCUGUUCUUGUACUGUUCUUAUUACCAUAUGAAAGGUACUGACAAUCUUUGUGCAUCUGUAAGGGGUGUGUCUGGCAUACCAGAAGUGAGCACUAGUCACGUGAGCACCUAUGCAGGACAGUCCUUCAUACAUCACAGACAUCAAGUCAGUCAUAUGACAAGAGGAGCAAGUUAUGACAUUUUGAUUAAUGAUUACAAGGUCAAAUAAAUUUAUUCACUCUAAUAUGCUGGUGCUGAAGAAACAUUUCCUAUUAUCAACGUUGAAAACAGUUGUGCUGCUUAAUAUUUUGUUUUGCAUCUUUUACAAAGUUUGACCAGUUUGGAAAAUAAUUAGUCAUUUAUUUGCUAGGUAAUCAAUCUCGCAUUGAUUUUGCUACAUUUGACCUCUUUCAGGAUGGCUGAACAUUUGUGAUGUUUCUUAGCUUUCAUUUUUUGUUUACUCACAGUUGAACACUUCAUAUCAGACCUGCUUAGUUCUCUUCUAUUCUACCACUAGUCAUGUAUAUCUGUAAACUUUUUGAUAACUACUCAGAAGUGUCUUCUAAGUGUUUUCCAGGCCCCAGCAAGGAUCGAACUAACAAGCCAUGGUUUACCAGUGCUCAAACCACUGAGCACCUGUUCACACACUGUCCUCGUUACCAUAUGUAAAGUACAUAUGAAAAACCCUGCGUAGCACUGCAAAGGGUGUGUCCAACAUUUCCCUGUAGCAUUGAUUGUUAAAAGUUUAGGAGGAAUGACAAACAGGUGAUUCAUCAUUGCCAAUGACAUCAUUCUAUCUGCAUAACUUCAUUGUAAUUGUGCUAUAUAGAUUAUAAUAGAAAAAAUGACAACAUAUGUGGCUUUUUCCAUAUCAUUGUUUACAUUUUUUCCCAUAUGCUUAUGGUUUUUGAUAUACUUUUUUCAACUAAAUGGAUAAGAAGUGAAAGUUUUAAGUAAUAAUGUGCCUUUACCUUAUAUUAGAUUUCACCUACAUGUUUCCUAAUAAGAGAAAACUACACACAGACGCACAGAUGUAAAUCAGAGCAACGAAACAAAAUUUGUCCAAAACAGUUUUGGCCUAUUACCACUAUAUUUUGUGGGCGUAGUAGUAGGGUUGCAAAAGGGUGGAAAAUUUCCAUGGAACCUUCGCCUGGGGAAUUUUGGAAAUAUUCCAAGUUUGAAACUUAACAGGAAUUAUGGGAAUUAAUUGGAAAUAUGGGGAAAUUUAUAAAGCUGUAUCAUAUACAAAUAUAACCAUAAACAUUUUGUUUGAUCAUAGGCUCACAUGCAUGCAAACUAAUACAAAUUAAAAAAAUUAUAUUUUGGAUUUUUGGGGGGAAUCUGUGAUGCU